UUAUGGACUUUUUCCCUUCAAGUCUUAUCAGGUUUAAAAACAUAGGCCUCAUAGUAACUGGCAACUAACAAGCUGGAGUGUUGGGCCAAACAUUCAGAGAACGACCAACAUCAUUUUCUAGUUCUGCAUGAGAACAAGUAAAACUAUAGCAAGAUGGUGGUUCUCAAAAUCCGAGACCAGCCUGGCCUGCUGAAAGCCAUCUUCAAUGUGGACCCAGAUGAAGUGCGCUCCCUCAUAUUUCAGAAAGAGGAUGUGAAUGUUCAGGACAAUGAGAAGCGGACACCGUUGCAUGCAGCUGCCUAUCUAGGAGAUGCAGAAAUUCUAGAGCUUCUCAUACUAUCAGGAGCCAGAGUAAAUGCCAAAGACAACAAGUGGCUCACUCCUCUGCACCGGGCCGUGGCUUCCUGCAGUGAGGAGGCUGUCCAGGUGUUAUUGAAACACUCUGCUGAUGUGAACGCCAGGGACAAGAACUGGCAAACGCCGCUCCACAUCGCUGCGGCCAAUAAGGCAGUCCGCUGUGCCGAGGCCCUGGUCCCUCUCCUCAGCAACGUGAACGUGUCAGACCGGGCCGGGCGCACGGCGCUGCACCAUGCAGCCUUCAGUGGACACCAGGAG